ACGGUGUGUCUCACUCACUUCCAUGGUGACGAAUCCGAAGCGGAGACUCGCGGCGCUCUUUUCAAACGCUUGACCGCGGAAACAUGUCAACUCACGAGCUGUUGAUUAUCUGACUUUAACGGAAAAACACGGCGUGGUGCUCGAAUGAAUCUUGUGCGAGUCAUUUGGUCCGAGACGUGUAUAAGAGUGAUGUAGAGUUACAUUGAAGUCGGUGAAGCUAACGUUAGCUGCCAGGAAAACAGAGUCCUCCCAAGUAAGAGAAGCUUCUGAAUGCAGCUGCCUCGCUAACCGAUGCAUGCUAUGUUGUGCCACGGUCGCUUCAGUGUCACGUCACAGACAAUGAACAGCAACGCAGAGAGGAAAUUCGUAAACCUGAGGAAGCGUCUGGACCAGCUGGGCUACCGACAGCCACUGGGAAUAGAGUCGCUGCCGCUCGUGGAGAAACUAUUCAGCGACCUGGUCCACACGACCGAGAGCCUGCGCAAUGCCAAACUGUCGGCAGGGAAAACCGAGAAGGAAAGCCGAAACCUCGACGCUCUUCUGGAGCCCUACAGGACAGAGAACGCCCGGGUGGUGAGGGAGAACAACGAGAUGCACCUCGAGCUCCUGAAGCUGAAGGAGGAGAAGGACCGUGUCUCCACAGAGCUCAAGACCCACAUCAGAAAACUGGACCAUGAGUCAUCCGACCUGAAGUUUUUGAACAAUCAGUAUGUGCACAAGGUCCGCUGCCUGGAGAAGGACAGCAAGGCGAAAGCUGAGCGCAUCCAGCAGCUGCAGGAGAAGAACAUGCAAGCUGUGGUGCAGACACCAGGUGGAAAGAAGCGCAGUAUUCCUUUCAGACGUCAGAGAAUGCAGAUUGAUGAGCUCACACCUCCCUCCUCCGCGUCAUCGUACCCUGUGUCGCAGCCUGACGACCCGUACAUAGCUGACUUACUGCAGUUAGCAGAUAAAAGAAUCCAUGAGCUACAGGAAGACGUCAUUAAGGUCAAGUUAGACCUGGAAAAUGCUCAAGAAUAUAUAAAACACUUAAAAACACAGAUGGAGGAGAGAGACAAAGAGAUUGAGCGUCUGAACCGUGUUCUUCAAGGAGGACGACCUCAUGACGUAAUUUCCCUCGAGGCUCAGCACAUCAGCAACGAGAAACUGAUUUCCCAUCUUAACCUUCAGAUUGAGUACCUGCAGGAGAGCAACAGGACACUGGAGCAGAAGGUAGAAGGGCUGCAACAGAGGAAGAAGGACGCCUCAUCUGAAGUGGCCAAUCUGUCUUUAAAGAAUCUGGAAUUAUGUGAAGAGCUCACACACAUAGACGACCUCGCAAAGCGGCUUGAGAUGGACAAAGAGCGGGUGUUGGAAACUGCUGACAUGGAGCUACAAGAAACUAAAAAAGAAAUGCAGAGUCAACAGAAAAUCAUUGAGGACUUGGAGGAUAUUAUCACAAAAAUAAGACAGGAGCAGUCUGAAGGUGACUUUGAAAAGGACCGUCUUAGAGAUCAGCUUGUGGAGCUCAAAGGGCAGAAUGAGAAAAUGGAGGGACUGGUGAAUUUCCUGGAGGAGGAGAAAAUCAGGCUGCAGGACAAAGUUGAGAACAUUAUGUCGGCUGACAAAGAGCUGGUGCUGGAGCUGGAGACCAUGCGGGCUCAACAUGGUGUUUGUAGAAGGGAACGCUCCCCAUCACGCCUGGACGCAUUCGUCAAGAGUCUAGAGGAGGAGAGGGAUUACUAUCGUCUUGAGGCUGAGCGCUACAAAGGAGUCCGAAGGGCUGGCGGCCUGGACUCAAGCCCCAGUCGUAGUCCAGGCAGAGGCAGGAGUCCCACUUCCAAAGCAACAAGGGGAGGUGUUGUCGAGGCCGAACUGCUCCGUGUUGUAAAGGAAAGAGAUGAGCUGAAGGCUGCUCUCUUUGACUUUGAGAAGCACAUGGAGGAAAUCCAAAACAGUGUGAAGGCCCUCUGCACCGAGAGAGACCAUUUCAAAAGCCAGUUUAAACAGGCUCAACAGGACUUAAAACUGACCCACAGCACAGAUACAUCAGCUGACGUCUUGAAACUGCAGGAGGACGUUAAACAGGCAGCAAUCAAAAUUGAGCAGUUGACCAUUGACAAAGACAUGCUGAUGGAGAGGUUAAAGGUUGCUGAGACUUCAGCACUCGCCGGCAGACAGGGCGAGGAGAGGAGGAUUCUUGACCUGGAAAACGCCAUUACGAGUCUGGAGCAGGAGAGACUGGACCUGCGGUCACAGGUGUGUCACCUGAAGGAGAGCAGGGAGGCCGUGGGAGAGGAGCUGCAGGUUCGGUCUGCUGCUCUGGUCCUCAACGCAGAGGAGGCGGCCCAGCAGAGGGCGGAGUCUAACGCCCUGAGGCUGCUACAGGAGCAGAUGGAGCAGUCACUGUCCGACACCCAACACAGGCUGUCGGUGAAGAUGAAUGAACUGCACAAUGCCCAUCAGCAGAUUGAAAAACUGGAGAAGAGAAUGGGGGAGCUUAAUCAGCGAGGCUCCAAGCACAAGGAGGAAGUGGCUGUUCUUCAGAAGUCGAUCUCUGCCCUGGAUAGAGAGAAAGAUGCUCUACAGGAUGAAGUUGAUCAAAAGACUGAAAAGCUGGUCGCUCUCCAGGAGGAGUUGUCCAAAAAGGAAAAGACCCUUGAAGACGUGAAACUCACAGUUAUAAACUUGGAUAACUCAUUAGCUCAGCUGCAGGGGGCCUUAAACAGCCGCGAGAGGGAGAUAAGCAGCCUAAGAAGACAGCUGGACGCCUCCCAGGACGAGCUGCCUGGACUCAGGAGGGAGAAGGAAAUCACAAUCCGAGAGAACAGGAGGCUGCAAGACGACCUGGCCACAAUGACCAGGGAGAACCAAGCUGUACAUAUGGAGAUGGAGGAGGCUCUGCAUGAAAAGGAUGAGCUGAAACUGAGAGUCCACACUUACAUUUCUGAAGUGUCCAGAAUUGAGAAACUGAUGGCGACAAAGGAGCAGGAGAACAGGGACCUGCUGGAGCGGUUCAGAAUGGCUCACUCUGAGGUGGAGGAGCGCAAGCAGAAGCUGAUGCAGGCUGAAGGCCUCAACAACUCCAUCCGCCUGGAGCUGCUCUCCUCAGACUCCGAUCGCCGGCACCUCCGUGACACUGUCGGCCACCAAGAGAGAGAAAUCCAUCAGCACACACAGGCCCUGCAGGCUUAUGAGGCGCAGGUAUCCUCGCUGGUUCGCGGGAUGUCCCGACUCGAGGAGGAGCUACACAAAGUUCAGGAGGAGAAGGCCGCUCUGCUCUCAGAUUUGGCUUCUGUCAGGGAGCUCUGUGUGAAACUGGACUCUGGCAAGGAGCUCACCGCACGUCAGCUCACCUCCAGGAGCAUGGACCUGGAGAGGGUCACAGGAGAGCUGGAGGAUGUUCGGUCCGAGGCGGAGCUACUCAAGAAGCAACUGGCCAGUGAGAGGUUGACUGUCCGUAACCUGGAGACGCUGCUCUCCACCAAUCGGCAGAAGGAGUUCCAAACUCACCUCACAGCCAGCGAAAGAGAGUCGGAUCUGAAAAUCCUUCGCGACAGGCUCACGCUGGCUGACAGCAAAACUGCAGAGCAUGCCAGGGAGGUGUCCCAGCUCUGCGGUAAACUGUCUCAGCUGCAGACGGAGAUGGAUGUUCUGAAGAGACAGUUGACCACAGAACGCUUUGAGCGUGAAAGGGCCGUUCAGGAGAUGCGCAGACAGGGUUUGUCGCUCUCGUCCCUCCACAGCUCUUCAUCCCUCAGCGCCUCCAGCGGCUCUCAUCACAUCUCCCCUGAACGCUCCAUCCUCCGGAGUCUGGACCGCUCAACGGACAAGUCAGCAGACAAGUCGGCAGACAAGAGUGUGAGCUUCAAGGAUUAAUGCCUACACACACACACACACACACACACACACACACACACACACACACACACACACACACACACACACACACACACACACACACACACACACACACACACACACACACACACACACAGUGAAGGCAUCGAUACGUGAGUCAGAAACCACCAGAGGUCUGUGCUUGAAAGUCUUGAGUCAGGACAUGAAUUGUCUUCAUAAACCGGAGUAUUAAUUAAUUAGCCAGUAGCAAACCUCAAUGCCAAUUUAAUUCAGAGUCUAGCCUUAAGCACCCAGGAUCUAAAUAUGUCUGAGUCUUUCUAAAGCUUAAGACGGCACAAACAUUUGAACAAAUUGUUAAACAACUGAAACAAAGCCUCCUCUUCGUUAGUAUCUUAUACAGCCACUAACAAGAUGGGGAUUGACCUUUGCAUUUGAGUGAGUGCCUCAGGAAUAAGGUGUAAAAUUGUUACAACCUUACAGAUGUAGCAAGAGAAGUGGUCCCCCAGCCCUGUGGUUGUGUAUUAAGUUUAAUAUUCAUGUUUUUUUUAAUCAUGUCUAAAUUAUUUAAUUAUUCACAAAAUAAAGUGAUACAAAAAUUUCA